AUGAAUUCUCGCAUAGCCGUUUCCAGCGCCCGCCGCGCCAGCCAGCGCCUGAUCCAGCGGACAACGCCUGAUGAAACCACCACGCACUUUGGGUUUAAGACGGUGCCGGAGGCGCAGAAGGAGUCGCUGGUGCGCGGGGUGUUCUCCAACGUGGCCUCAAACUACGACAUCAUGAACGACGCCAUGAGCAUGGGGAUCCACCGGCUGUGGAAGGACCAUUUGAUCCGGAAGAUGUCGCCGUCGCCAGAUGCCAAGCUGCUGGACGUGGCCGGGGGCACGGGCGACAUAGCGCAGCGGUUCCUGGAGUUCCAGGACCAAGGAGAACCAGGGCAGCGGGUCGAUGCUUGGGCGAGGGCUGAGAAGCGGUUUGCGGCAAGCAAGUGGAUGCGGGAGGGGCGGAUUGGGUUCACGGUGGGCAAUGCGGAGAACCUGGAGUUCAUUGACGACGCGUCCUUCGACGUGUACACGAUUGCCUUCGGCAUCCGCAACUGCACGCACCCGGACCGGGUGGUGCGGGAGGCGUUCCGGGUGCUGAAGCCCGGGGGCCGGUUCAUGUGCUUGGAGUUUUCGCGCGUGGAGAACCCGGUGCUGGCGAGCCUGUAUGACUUUCACUCGUUCCAUGUUAUUCCGCGGCUGGGCGAGCUGAUUGCCAAUGACCGCGGGUCGUACGAGUAUCUGGUCGAGAGCAUCCGCAAGUUCCCGCCGCAGAAGGAGUUUGCACAGAUGAUCCGCGAUGCCGGAUUCACCACCAUUGGCAAGGGGUACGAGAACCUGACUUUUGGCACAGUGGCCAUCCACACAGGGUACAAGUUUUGA